AUGUGGCCUCCGGGGACUACUCAGUCGACGUACAUACAUGUACAUCUGGAAGUCGCUGUAUCAAGCGUGGCCGGGACGCUGCCACUAGGACGUCAACACGGUGUGGUGGAAUGA